GCUGGCCCAGGAGGGUCCUCGCGGAGCCAAGAUGAGCGAGGGCAGCGCGGGCGACCCAGGUCGCGGCUCCAGCCGGCAGCGGGCCACACACCCAGAGAACAUGUCUCUGGGUUCUAGCUGCUUCUCUCCGUCUGUGAACUUCCUUCAAGAGCUGCCAAGCUAUCGAUCAGUGGCGCGCAGGAGGACAAACAUCGUCUCCCGGGACAAGCAGAGCGGCACCCUGCUAAAGCCGACGGACUCCUACAGUUCCCAGCUGGAUGGAGGAAUCACAGAAAACCUCGACAGUCAGUCCAUCCGCAAGUAUGCGCUGAACAUCUCAGAGAAGCGGAGACUGAGGGACAUUCAGGAAACCCAGAUGAAGUAUUUAUCGGAGUGGGACCAGUGGAAACGGUACAGCAGUAAGUCCUGGAAGAGGUUCCUAGAGAAAGCCCGUGAGAUGACCGCCCACUUGGAGCUGUGGCGGAAGGACAUCCGCAGCAUCGAAGGGAAGUUUGGCACAGGGAUCCAGUCCUACUUCUCUUUCCUACGGUUCCUGGUGGUCCUGAACCUGGUGAUAUUCCUGAUCAUCUUCAUGUUGGUUUUGCUCCCCAUCUUACUCACCAAGUACAAGAUCACCAACAGCACCUUCGUGUUCGUGCCGUUCAAAGACAUGGAUAUUGAGUGCACAGUCUAUCCAAUAAGCAGCCCUGGCCUCAUUUACUUUUACAGUUUCAUCAUCGACUUGCUCUCUGGCACGGGUUUCCUGGAGAAGACCAGCCUUUUUUAUGGACACUACACCAUUGAUGGAGUAAAAUUUCAGAAUUUCACGUAUGAUCUGCCCCUGGCUUACUUAAUAAGCACAAUUGCCUACCUGGCCCUGAGUCUCCUCUGGAUAGUGAAAAGGUCGGUGGAAGGGUUCAAGAUCAACCUGAUCCGGAGCGAGGAGCACUUCCAGAGUUACUGUAACAAGAUCUUCGCUGGCUGGGACUUCUGCAUCACCAAUCGCAGCAUGGCCGAGCUAAAACACAGCAGCUUGCGCUAUGAGCUCCGAGCAGAUCUGGAGGAAGAGCGGAUACGACAGAAAAUAGCCGAAAGGACCUCGGAGGAAACCAUACGCAUUUAUUCUCUGAGGCUGUUCUUGAACUGCAUCGUGCUGGCCGUGCUCGCGGCCUGCUUCUAUGCCAUCUACCUAGCCACUACCUUCUCCCAAGAGCACAUGAAGAAAGAAAUUAACAAGAUGGUUUUUGGGGAGAACCUCUUGAUAUUGUACCUCCCUUCCAUUGUGAUCACACUGGCCAAUUUCAUCACCCCAAUCAUCUUUGCCAAGAUCAUCCACUAUGAGGAUUACUCGCCAGGCUUCGAGAUCCGCCUGACAAUUCUUAGGUGUGUCUUCAUGCGGCUGGCCACCAUCUGCGUGCUGGUGUUCACGCUGGGCUCCAAGAUCACGUCCUGCGGUGACAACCCCUGUGAACUCUGCGGCUACAACCAGAAGCUCUACCCGUGCUGGGAGACACAGGUGGGACAGGAAAUGUACAAGCUGAUGAUCUUCGACUUCAUCAUCAUCUUGGCAGUGACACUGUUCGUGGACUUCCCUAGGAAGCUCCUGGUGACCUACUGUGCAUCCUCGAAGCUGAUCCAGUGCUGGGGACAGCAGGAAUUUGCCAUCCCAGACAAUGUCUUGGGUAUCGUGUAUGGACAGACCAUCUGCUGGAUUGGAGCCUUCUUCUCCCCGCUCCUCCCUGCCAUCGCCACCUUGAAAUUCAUUAUCACCUUUUACGUGAAAGAGCUGAGUCUUCUUCACACCUGCAGACCCUCCCCAAAGCAGUUCAGAGCAUCCAAUUCUAACUUCUUCUUCCUGCUGGUGUUGCUGAUUGGGCUGUGCUUAGCAAUUAUACCACUAACAAUUAGCAUGUCUCGCAUCCCUUCUUCGAAAGCCUGUGGGCCGUUCACCAACUUCAACACCACCUGGGAGGUCAUCCCCCAGACGGUGAGCACCUUCCCCAGCUCGCUGCAGACUCUGAUCCAUGGCGUCACGUCAGAAGCCUUUGCCGUGCCUUUCUUCAUGAUCAUCUGCCUGGUCAUGUUCUACUUCAUCGCACUGGCUGGAGCACACAAGCGGGUAGUUGUCCAGCUCCGAGAGCAGCUGUCCCUGGAGAGUCGUGACAAGCGUUAUCUUAUCCAGAAACUAACCGAAGCUCAAAGGGAUGUGCGGAGCCAGCCGGCUUGAGCAAGACGCUGCCUGCAGCUUCUCAGCGUGGGGCCCUGGAGACCCUACAAAGUCCACCUGAGUGGAACUGUUAAAAUGUGUUUUUCUAGACUUUAGGGCUUUCAGUGACUUAGCCAACCAGGCUAACCCCUGGAGAGCCAUGGCUCCCUAAGGACUCUACCAGAACACUGACUUCUCAAGUUGCUCGGGCUUUAUUAUUGACACCAGAGAAGGAGAUUUUUAUUUAUUUAUUUAUUUUUGUUUAGACUUUUGUAUCUUUAAAAAAGGUUUGUAUGUGUUGUUUUUUAAAGUAAAACUGAGUUCCCCCAUCUCCAAAGCUGGGCGGUUUCUUUGGAAACCUUUCCAGGUUGAGUGAGUAACCUCUCAAAUGCCACUGGUGACUUAAAAUUCAACCUGACUUCAUUUUUCAAACGAACAUGCAUCGUUAGGUGCUAAAGGCUUGGAACAGCUGAUAAGAAUGUGGAAAUAUCAUCCUGGCAGCUCCUGCUGUGUGCCCGGACCACACUUGAAUUUCUGCCCCCGUCAGGAUCGCCCUUGAGUGGGAGACUGAGGCAGGUUGUAGCCCCUGCUUCUCACCUCUCCAAGCCUUUCCCGCAGCCUUGUUCACUCCUCAGGGGAAAGGUGACCUUAGCUGGCUGGCUAGCCACCAGCCUUCUGAUUCUACCUGCCUGCAAGUUCUGCGAUUUGAUGAUAGAAUUGAAGGAGGGUAAAACCUUGCAAGGUGGAUGGACAGUUCCUCUCUGUUUUCCAAAUGUCAUUCCUCUCCCUUGCAUGGACUUCUUCAUUCCUGAAGGAAACCAAAUGUUUCAGAGCCAGGCUACAGUGUUCUGUUUGGUAUUGAAGCCGUGGGUAAGGCUUGGGGGUUAUAUGUGUGAUUUCAGAUGUAGAUCCAUGGCCUAGUCUGUUGAUAAGAACAGCACACAAUACAAACAUAGGUUGGGUUCUGAUUGCUUAACUACACAUUUCAAAGGGCUAGGCUUUGUUUGCCUGCACUUAAAACUUUGGAUGUGUGUACCUUUGUUUUUAUAAAACGUUACAGAAACAGAGCAUCUCUUGCGAUCUCUGCUACGGUAAAAACUGUAUUUAAUGAAUACCUCAUCAUGUGUCUUCCAAAGCUGGCCCUUUUAACAGUGCCUAAUUCGUUCACCUUUUACCUGAAAGUCUGUCAGGGUGCUACGAGUCCUGUGACAGACAGUUUGAAGCUUCGGUUUUUCACUGGCUCCUAACCUUUUCUGACAUUUAAAAUUAGAUUCAUGGUUUUAGAAAGCUGCCAAGAAGGAUCUCCCUCCUCUGACCACUGCCUUGUUUCUCAGAAAUGAUUGGCUUCUUGCUCUGGAAGGAAAGCAAACUUGUCAUGGUGAACACAUCUCUAUAUGUAUAAAGCGUGCUUUGUGUGUGUCCUCUCUCUCUCUCUCUCUCUCUCUCUCUCUCUCUCUCUCUCU